CGCGCGUCUGUGCCGCCGAGCUGCAGCCGCUGGCUGAAGCCGGGGCGCUGAUAGCUUCCCGUCGCUGGGCCGUUACUCAGCACAACCGGCACCCCUCCCCCAGCCGGUCCGGAGUUCCAACGGCGGCGGUUGGGAAAGUGUGGGCCCGCCGCUGCUGAGCGGAGCGCCAGACGCAGACUAGAAGAUGAAUAAUCUUUCCUUUAGUGAACUGUGUUGCCUAUUCUGUUGUCCACCAUGCCCAGGGAAAAUUGCCUCCAAACUGGCAUUCUUACCUCCUGAUCCCACAUACACACUGAUGUGUGAUGAGAGUGGUAGUCGCUGGACUUUGCAUCUCUCCGAGCGAGCAGACUGGCAAUAUUCUUCUAGAGAAAAAGAGGCCAUUGAGUGCUUCAUGACUAGAACGAGUAAAGGUAAUAGGAUUGCCUGUAUGUUUGUGCGUUGUUCGCCUAACGCCAAGUAUACUUUGCUCUUCUCACACGGAAAUGCUGUUGACCUAGGACAGAUGAGCAGUUUUUACAUAGGACUGGGUUCCCGGAUUAAUUGCAAUAUAUUCUCAUAUGAUUAUUCUGGAUAUGGUGCAAGUUCUGGGAAACCAACAGAGAAGAAUCUGUAUGCUGACAUUGAUGCUGCUUGGGUGGCUCUUAGGACAAGGUAUGGAAUCCGCCCUGAAAAUGUGAUUAUAUAUGGCCAGAGUAUAGGAACAGUACCAUCUGUGGAUCUUGCUGCUAGGUAUGAAAGUGCUGCUGUAAUUCUUCACUCUCCACUGACCUCAGGAAUGCGAGUAGCUUUUCCUGAUACAAAGAAGACCUACUGCUUUGAUGCAUUCCCAAACAUUGACAAAAUUUCUAAAAUAACAUCUCCUGUAUUAAUAAUCCAUGGAACUGAAGAUGAAGUAAUUGACUUUUCACAUGGUCUAGCAUUAUUUGAACGUUGCCAGAGACCCGUAGAACCACUGUGGGUAGAAGGAGCAGGCCAUAACGAUGUGGAACUCUAUGGACAGUAUCUUGAAAGAUUAAAACAGUUUGUGUCACAGGAAUUGGUAAACUUGUAACUUUCUUUGUAUAGUUACAUGAUUUUUCAUUUCACUGCAGAACUGCACACCUUGGUAAAACCUGAAGGUUGUGUUUUCAAAUGAUCUUGGUUGCCUUCAUUAAAUGUACAGGUAAUUUGUCAACAUAAUUAAUGAAGGUUUUAGUGCCAGUAUUAUAAACUGGAAUUACAUGAUCAUGCAGUCAAGCUUGGCAAUUCAUAUUACUUUAUGUGAGUUGUUUUUUCUUCUUCGAUAAAAAAAAAAGAAAUCACAAGAAGUACUGUAUGAAAUUUUAAUUAUAUAAAAUCAAAUGCUGUAAAAGUGUUGCCAAAUGAUUUAGCAUAUCAAACCAAGUUUAUAAAUAUUUUUAAACAUCUCAAAAUGUACUGUGACUUCCUCUGUUGCACAGGUGUAAAUUAAGAAAACAGACUUCUAAGCAGAUGUUCUGUAAAAAUGUAAUAGCCAUGAAAUUUGAGCAAAUAUGUUAUAAGAAUAGAGAGUCACUGGAAGUGACCCAUGCCCUGUUAUAAGGCAAGGGAGUCAAAAGAGAUCUUUUCCCAUAUUUUUUUUAUCUUUUUGUGCUUAGUUUUACUUCAGUUGUUUUUUUCUUGUGUUAUUGUUUUUACUUUUCAGGUUAAAGCAAUUUACCAACUCAUCUUCUCAGCAGUCCUAAUUUUGCCAAAAUAAUGCUGCAAGUUAGCAUUAUUGUAGCAUAAAUAUCACUCACAUGAUUGCUACUGAGGACAAUAAGUACUUCUUCAAAACCAGUAAGAUUUUUAGAACCUAGAAGGCUUUGUGGACAGUGUAGUUUUAAACGAGAUUGGAGUGUGUAGUCUAAAAUCUUCCUGGUUUUUGAAUAUUAUAUGGGGAUAUUACUAAUUGCACCUGAAUUGAUAGGGGGAGGAGCAAGAAGAGAAUGACUUUUUUGUAUUAAUUCAUAGCAAAAAUAAACUUUGUAAGUUGCCUUUCCCUUGAAUGCAUUUUUGUGUGAAUGAAAUUAUGAAAAAUAAACUUUAAUUAUUCGUAGCCUAUUUGUAAACAAAGUAGUAUUUCAACAGUACACACUGUGCUUCUAUUUUUAAGGCCUUACGUAGUUUACUUGUUCAUCUUGGGUUUUGUGAUUGAGACUAUUGUAUACUUAAAUGUAGCUUCAAGUAUUGUGAAAACUUUGGUUAAGAUGUGUUGAUUAACAGUAAAUAAUAUCCCACACACUUGCUGUUCUUUUUUU